GUUCAAUCACUCUCCCACCCCUUGCUUUUUAAUUUUCUCUGCUUUUAUCAUUGUUUAAUUGUGUUCUCCUUGCCAGGUGGAAGAUGGGAGUGUUCCCCUCAUGUUUUAGGUGAAACCUGCUUGCCAUGAAGUCCCGAGGGAGAUAGAGGGACUGCAGUGGGAAUUCCUUCUCACUCCUCCACAACAAAUCCAACAACUGCCUAAUGGGAUUGCCUCUCUGCCUGGCGUCAUGGGGAGCUGCUGCAGCUGUCUGUGCACAGACAGCAUCCCAGACAACCAUCCCACCAAAUUCAAGGUGACGAACGUGGACGAUGAGGGGCACGAGCUGGGCUCGGGGGUGAUGGAGCUGACGCAGAGGGAGCUCAUCCUGCACACGCACAAGCGCGACGCCGUCAGGUGGCCCUACCUGAGCCUGAGGCGCUACGGCUUCGACUCCAACCUGUUCUCCUUCGAGAGCGGCCGGCGCUGCCACACCGGCCAGGGGAUUUUUGCCUUCAAGUGCUCCCGAGCAGAGGAAAUCUUCAACCUGCUGCAGGACCUGAUGCAGUGCAACAGCAUCAACGUGGUGGAGGAGCCCGUGGUGAUCACCAGGAACAGCCACCCCUCGGACAGGGAGCUGGCCAGGAGCCCCCAGGGCCCCAGCAGUCUGGGCUACACUGGACUUCCCAAUGGAUUUCACAGCUUCCCUGGAGAAUCCCUGUCCUACCCUGCAGCCCGGCACCCCUCAGUGAGCAGCCUGAGACAUUCCUCUGUGGGGGAAGAUUCCACCCACCCCCUCCUGGGGCCUGAGGAGCAGUCCCACACCUACGUGAACACCGGCGAGCCGGAGCCGAGGGGCCGGCACUGUAUGCACUCCUUGCCUGAAGCCCACCCUCCUUUCCCCCCUAGGAACCACAGCUGCUCCCUGGAAGACCGAAACCCCCAGGUCUUCCUGCAGCCAGGGGAGGUGAAAUUCGUGCUGGCUCCCAGCUCCGGCUACCGCCGGCUGUGCCGGCACCCGCGGGAAUGCCGGCCUCACCUCUGUCCCCCCAACAACAACAACAACGAGUGUCGGGAGGGGUGUCCGUCCCCACAGUGUGUCUAUGAGAACCUCAACGGGCUGGUGGCCCCCAGCGGCUCGUCCCUGUGCCGGGCUGGCCGCUCCAAGGUGUGCCAGGAGGACGGGAGCUGCUCGCAUCGGCGCUCGGCGCUGCUGCACUACGAGAACCUGCCGGCGCUGCCGCCGGUGUGGGAGCUGCAGCCGGCCCGGCACAGGGAUGAGGAUGCUGCCACGGCCCCCACACCAUCCCCCAAUGGUUUCUCUGAAGCCGGAGAGGAGGAGCCCCUGCAGAAUUCCAUGGGCUCGGAGAGCUCGGCCCUGCAGCCUCGCCGGCCGUUCCUGCCCCGAGCCCGGCGCAGCCGCCUGCCCAACGUCUUCAGCUUCGACUUCCCCCGGCCCUGCCCGGAGCCUCCACGGCAGCUCAACUACAUCCAGGUGGAGCUGGAGCCUGAGCCCUGCAAGGGCCACCAGGACCCGCGGGUGGUGGCACCUCCUGCCAGCCCCGGUGCCCGCCGCACCGACUCGUACGCCGUGAUCGACCUCAAGAAGACGGCGGCCAUGUCCAGCCUGCAGCGGGCCCUGCCCAGGGACGAUGGCACCUCGAGGAAAACGCGGCACAACAGCACUGACCUGCCCCUGUGAGGGCCCCAAGUGCCAGCCCCGUGUCGUGGCUUUGUCCCUGCCCUUCCCUGUGCUGUGUCCUGCCCCGUGUGGCUCCCACUCGCCGUUGCCUUCCCUGCUCGCCCAUUCCUUGGGGGCCCGGCGUGGCUCCUGCAGCUCCUGCUGUUGAGGCUCGUCUGUCUUGUCUGUCUGUCCGUCCUCUUCCUCUCUGUGUCGCUCGUUUUUUAAAGCCUUGUGGGAUGUUUGGUGACUCUGAGGGUUGAAUUCCGGGAGCAGUGGCGUGGGCAGAGCCAGAGCUGGGCAGUGCCAUGGGGGAGUGCUCCCAAAAGUUGCUGCUUCGGGAGCUCUGAGCAGAUCCAGCCCCUUCCCCGUGGAUUUGACACCUCCAGGAGGGCUCUGCAGUGAGGCCACUCCAGAGCUGGGGUUUUCCUUGUGGUUCCAGAUGUGCCUGGACACGAGGGAGCUCACGCCGUGGCCUUUCCCCCCUCAGCUCACUGUUUGUUCCUGAAGCUUUUUCUCCUUCUGUCCCUGUCUCAGAUUCAAUUUCAAUUGGGCAGCUGCAAUUCAACGAGGAGGACACAGAGCCAUGGGCACACACUGUGAUUACAGAAACCUGAUUGCCUAAAUCCUUAAAUUCCCUUCCCUGCUUUAGAAGAGGAGGGAAAGGCCACAACCAUGAGGGAGAUUGGAAGUUUGGUCUAGAGAACUUCACUUGUGCCAUACCCUGCUUUUUUUAUUUUUAUUUUUUAUUUUUAAUGAGGGUUCUUUCUGGCAGCUGCUGAGAAGUGCCGUGGGUUUAUUUAUUUGUUUACUUAUUUAUUUAUGAGCUGCUCCUUUGCAUCCCAGUUCGUUGCCAAAC